AUGAGUAUUUCGGGACUACAACCACCACCCCCUUUCCUAUCCUCACCUGGACACCCGGUCAUUCCAUGGGAGCAAUGGAUUCAAGCGUUCAAGAACUACAUGGUGGCGUCGGGCGCCUCCGACCUACCUGCCAUGCGUCGGAAGGCGAUUCUGCUCAACUGCUUGGGCUUGGAAGGUCAACGUAUCUUCCAGACUCUGACGUCGGAGGACGACCCGCGCCUUUUGGCUUCGAGCGCCGCUGGAGAGACGUUGACGGCUCCUGGCCCUGAUGAGUUCGACCGCGCCAUUGUGAUUCUUGCAGACCACUACAAGAGCUCUUUCAACGUCACUGCAGCGCGUCACCGUUUCCGUCGACGUGCACAAGCCCCAGGCCAGCUUCCCACCUCUGCCUUCUGGCACGGCUGCGGCCGAAGUAUAGUGCUCCUAGAUGGCACCGCCGUACCGGAGCCGAGUGUUGACUAUCCGGCGAGAACGCUCGAGCAACAGCAGCAGGCGGCAACCACGGUGCGCAGGGCAUACUCUCGAAAUACAAGGAGUGUACAAGGCAUGGAUGAUUCAGCCGUCAUGUCGUAUGGUAUGGAGAAACAACUAAAGCAAACAACGUCAGACCUUGAUCCAGAAUCGUUUACAUGGUUGAAGCAAUUUUCCUACAGCGAGAACCUGGCAGCCUUAAAUCAUGUGCAAUUCCGAAGGCCCGCAAGCGAUGACUACCAAUACCUCGAUGUCGGUUGCGGACCAGGUAACUUCCUCGCAGAGAAGCUGCUACCGCGUCUGCGGCCCUUUGCUCGUGUCAUCUCCACGGAUAUAUCCGAAGACAUGAUUGUAUAUGCCCAAAACCACCACAUGGAGCCAAAAGUUUGUUUCGAGGUCUUGGACAUAGAGAACGGAGAUGUUCAAUUCAUCGUCGACAAGUACGGGCUCUUCGACCGCGUCUUCUCUUUCCUGACUUUUCACUACAUUUGGGACUUGCACAAAGCUUACCGCAACAUCAGUCGACUGCUCAAGGAUGGCGGAGAGUGCCUCAUUGUCUACUUUACGAGGACUGGCAUCACAGAUGUCUGGCACCGAAUAUACCAAAAGGAAGAGUGGCGAUCCCACAUGCCGGACCUGAGCUCGAUGUUCGCGGAGCGCUACUGCUUCGACGAACCGGUGGACGAAGAGAAGCUUGCUGCCCUGGAGAAAAGCGCCGUCACGGCGGCAGGCCUGGAAUUGGUCACGUGCCGGACUUACUCCAGCACGUGGACGUUCCCCACCGCUGACAUCUGCCUCGAUGCAUACGUGCCGUUCUUCAAGCUGGACGCCAGGGUGCCGGAGGAAAAACGUGCACCUUUUUGGAACACUUGGAGAACUGCACUACAUGAGGCGUCCAACUCAAACUCCGGCGGCAUCAGCCUCGAUUGUGAUGUCCUGGUCGCGCACUCGCAGAAGCCUCCAGCUCCUAGGGAUGGGCUGGAACUUAUGGGGGACCCGUGCGGCGCAUUGAAGCGGCUCGAGAGCGACUUCAUUGAAAUCAAGUGGGACGCAGAUAAGCCACCGGCACCAGCCAAAAUCUUGGCCGUGGGGAGCCUUGUCUCUAUGGAAAGAAAAAGAAACAACCGUGCAUCAGCACGUGGCACCAUCACAUCGAGUGAGAGCGAAGACAGCGAUGACCAGGCUGACAAGGUGGAGCAACUACAGGCCCCUGUUGAGCGCCUCGAAAGUUAG